UGGCAGGGGCCAGGUGAAUGAAGGCUGGCUUACCAGUCCUGGCUUCCCAAGAUCCAUGUGGCAGGUCAGGGUGGUGUAUCCUGGUGGAAAAGCACUUGGGUGCAAAAAAGGUUGUAAUUUUGGGGAUAUCUUUGGAUAAAGUCUGAGGGGAAUGCACCAUAGAAACAGGGAACUUGGAGCCCAGCUCCUGGUUCUCCAUAACCUGGGGAUGUUGCUUUUGUGGAGUGCUGUGGACCUGCCUGAGAUAAGAACCUCAACACAGUGAGACUGCAUUUUCUCAUCCCAUGGUCACUCAACAUUUCUUCUCCCCUUUGGAUCCCUUGUGCUGUUCUUCCCGAAAGCUGGGAGAAGUCUGGGAGUGAGAAGAUGUGGAGGGUCAGGUCUGACACUGAGGCUGCCCUUGUGUGCGUUGUGGCUGCUGCUCUCAAUCCAGAGGGAAAGCCUCAACUCUCAGUCUUACUGAGCAGAGUGGCCAAAGCCUCACUCCUGGAGGAGCAGUAUCUGGGCACUCUAAUGGAGCUGCUGCUCCUCUGGUCCUGUGUGCACAACACGAGCAGUAACCAGUUCCUUUCUGUUCCUCAGGAGCAGAGGUCAGUGUGAUCAAACCUCUGAGUGACGCUUUAACCCGUUUCAGUGACAAAUGCUCUGUUUCAGGCAUAGCACCAUACUUAUUUUCACCUACAAGUAGCUUAAUUCUAAGGCUACCCUGUUACAUAGCUCUUGCUUAGCAGCAUCUGUGGAGUACCUAGAGCUGCUGUGCCUGGAUGGGAGAGGGCUGAGAAAGGUAGCAGGGAGUUGGGAUGCAGCUCCCCUUGGUUCUGUGCAUGUUGUGUAGAUAAAUGCAGAUGCAAUGAGAGAGCCAGGGAGUGCAAGGCAGGGUAAGCAAGCGAAGGACUGAUUCAGACUCUAGUGGACACUCAGGAAUAGGGUUAUAAAGCUCUUGUCCUCUAACUGCUUCUUUGCUGUGAAGUCCUGGAGGCUGACAGGAUGGAGGCUCUGAACCAAAAGCAGAAUGUCAGGAUUGACCCCUCCAGCAUCUCCUUCAGCAUGUGGAAAGACAUCCCCGUUCCUUUCUACAUGUCAGUGUACUUCUUCGAAGUGCUGAACCCCAAGGAGGUCCUGCAGGGAGCAAAGCCAGUGCUGAGCCAGCGUGGGCCCUACGUUUACAGGGAGUUCAGGUAUAAAACCAAUAUCACAUUCCAUGACAAUGACACCGUCUCCUUCCUGGAGUAUCGAAGGCUCUUCUUCCAGCCUCACUUGUCCAACGGCACUGAGGAGGAGUACAUCGUUGUGCCAAACAUUUUGAUGAUGGGAGCAGCUGUAAUGAUGGAACGCCUGCCAAACUUUGUGAAGCUGUUACUGAGUGGAGCCCUGGCUGGCCUGAGGCAGGAGGCGUUCAUGAACCGCACGGUGGGGGAGAUCAUGUGGGGGUAUGAAGACCCUCUUAUAGAUGCCAUAAAUGCCAUUGUUCCUGGCCUGAUCCCUUUCAAGGGGAAAUUUGGCUUAUUUAUAGAGAUGAACAACACCAAUUCGGGACUGUUCACUGUGAACACGGGCAUGAAGGACAUCAGUAGAGUUCACAUAGUGGAUUCAUGGAAUGGACUAAAGAAGGUGAAGUACUGGCGGAGCGAUGAGUGCAACAUGAUCAACGGCACCUCAGGGGAGAUGUGGCCACCGUUCAUGACCCCGACAUCACUGGAGUUCUACAGCCCUGAUGCCUGCAGAUCCAUGACACUGGUGUACGAACAGUCUGGGAAGUUCAAGGGUGUCCCCACCUAUCGCUUCGUGGCACCCAAAACUCUCUUUGCCAAUGGCACCGAAUAUCCACCCAACGAAGGCUUCUGCCCCUGCAUGCAGUCUGGCAUCCUCAACGUCAGUUCCUGUAGGCUGAAUGCACCCAUGUUCAUUUCCCAUCCCCACUUCUACAAUGCUGACCCAGCCCUGGUAGAUGCUGUGGAGGGGCUGCACCCCAGCAAGGACAAGCACUCGCUCUUCCUGGACGUGCACCCGAUGACAGGCAUCCCCAUGAAUUGCUCCAUCAAGCUCCAGCUGAACUUGUACAUCAAGCAAGUCUCUGGUAUAAUUCAAACAGGGAAGAUCAAACCCGUGGUCCUGCCACUGCUGUGGUUUGCAGAGAGCGGAUCCAUUGAAGGCUCAGUCCUAAAGCAGUUUUACACCAGCCUGGUGCUGAUCCCAUCCCUGCUGGACUACCUGCAGUAUAUCCUCCUUGGGCUGAGCAUCCCCCUGAUUGUCUCAGCAGGUGUACUCAUGGCAACGAGUCGGAGAGAUGCUGCUGAGAAGAGCCCCCUGUGCCCUGCCCCACCGAGCCCCCCACCCCCCGCCUCCGAGACCACGCCGCUGCUCCGCGAUGCCGCCGCGCUGAGCCGGGACGACGCCGAGGCCUGAGCCGCCGCGCCAGCACGCUUCCCCCGGGCCACUGCCGGGGCACAGACCCUGCUUUGGAUCCCCACAGGUCUCUGGAAGGUGAAGCCGUUCUGGGGAGCUCAGCAGAGACCCUGCACGCCACGGCAAAGCCACAGGCCAGCGCUGCUGCACCAAGGCACGGGACACAGCACCAAACACCCAAAGCGGCGCUGCACAACCCUUGUCCCCACGGGGCUGGUGUUUGCCACAGCUCCUCUCUCCCUGUGGGCCAGUAGUAAUGAAGACAGGUGGCUGCUGCUCAUCUGAGAAGUUAUUUUGCAAUUUUAAACUGCCCAUUGCUAUGAAUAAAAGGCCUUUUAAUAGGAGCCUUUACAGUGAGGUUUGUACACACAGCCCUGGUGGGAUUCAGUGACCUCUUUAAAAGCCACCGCUCAUCUCACGAACGGGGCUCGCAGUCUUGAAGCCACUGACGGUUUUGUUGCCACUUGAUGUGACUGGACUACCCCACAAAUCAAUUCUGGGUGAUGUCACUUCAGUGAUGCCUUUUGCCAGGGUACCUGGAGCCUGCCCAGGGUUGCUCCAGCCUUUGCCUGUGUGGGAAGUACAGUGGUGACUUUUAAAGCCCCAGUUCUCAGCCGUAACCUUGCCCUCCAGUGAUUCCAGCCCAUAGCCCUUUUAUCCUCUCCUUGCUUUAGGUGUCUGCGUGAGAUGAGCCUUGCCAAAGCAUUUGGUGGUACAUCUGACCUGUCAUUCAGCUCCCCACAGUUGUCCCUGCUGCCUGCUCGGCUGUCCAGGGUCAGCUCUCCUGGCCAUGCCCUGUCCAUGCUGGGAGGCCAUCGUGUCCCCUGGCCACGAGGAGCAGGCAGAAGCGUGACCCUGUCCUCGAGCAUUAACCAAGAUACUCUUGCUUUUGAGAUGGAGGGAGUGAUGUGCAAUCAUAAAAUAACAAUGGUCUUAGUAGCUUUUGAUUAAAAUACUGAUUUUUGAAAUGAUGUCUCGGGGGAUGUGAGGCUGGAUGUUAACUGAGGGAGGGGGAUAGGGUCGCUUUUCAGUGGGAAAGAAGCCCAGGGCCUGGGUAGCCCUUGGGAAAACCAAGAAGGCCAGUGCUGGUGCCUCUGGCAAGGACAAAACAGAGUAGGGGAAGGCUCUGGUCUCUCUUGGACCAGAGGACUUGUUGCACUGCAUAUGGCACAGAUACUGUUGUGGUCUGGAAACCACUGCAAUAGUCUAGGCCAACCCUGUAGCUUUUUGCUUUUCCUCUUAUACUUCUGUCCCUCUUGCUAGGCAGGAAGAGCACGGGAGCUAAAACCAACACCAGCAGUUCCUGUGCUGGUGCAUCCCUGCCUGACCACGGCCCCAGUCCUGCAGCUGGGCUUAGGCUGGCUUAUCAUGGGAACAGUUGUGAUACAGCCCAGGAGGCCAAGGUGAGGGCUGGGAGCUACCCAGACCUUGGUCCAUAGGCUGAACUUUCCUAGCUGCCCAAAGCAUGUCUCACAGCCAGGAUGGGACUAGCCAAGUCCCUUCCCAUGGCCAGUACUGCUGGAUUAUUUCCGAGUCCUGACUGAGGGUGAUUCUUAACCUAUAGUUGUAAACUCCCUCUAGCUUUGAAUCCAAAACUCCCCACUGCAAACAGAGGCCUCAACAAGUGGCAGCUGAAACAAGAUGAGGACAGAGGCGCCAGCUCAGACACUUGACCCACCAACUCCCACCAGUGACACUGGGCAGCACUCAGCAAAGCUGAUGGUGGAUCCACGCUACCCACCCUUGGGCUCACCUGCUUGAGGCUUUAGUGAUGCUCUGGUGCUAACUGCUGUUGUA